AUGCCGCUAAAAAUAUUUCUGCUCUUUCUUUUCCUUAAUUAUGCAGUUUCCGGAAAUUAUCUAACCAACAGCAAAUUGCCGCCACUCUGCCAGGGCCAGGGCGAUUGCCAAGCCAACUUCCACUGCGCGCAGGUCUCGAUCUUUGUCCGGAAGUGCAUUCCGAAGCAAAUCGUCUACGGUCGGUGCAGUCUGGCAAAUCAUAUGGAACGUUGUGCGGACGGGUUUUUCUGCUGUGCCCACGCCAUUAUCGGGUUUUGCGCUCGGAAUGGGGAACGCCAAUGUUUG